GUUCUCUCAGUCACAGACAAACACUCGUACCGUUCACAGUGCAGUUAUACUCUUUCUAGUCUCAGUAUUUCGAUUCGUGCGAGCAUACGAAAGAACCAGCAAGAUCUCCUGUCGUUGUUCAACACAUACGAAAAGUUUGCUGGAAAAGCUAUUAUUCGCUGGGUGAGUGAGGGAGAAGUCAACGACGACGCCAUUUUAUGUUUUUACGUUUACGCGCACCACGAAAGAAGAGGCCCCGAAAUCUAGCCGUCAGUGAGUUGAGUUGGUGUUCUGUGCAGUUUCGUGAAACCUCUUCUCUCGCGGGUGGUGAAUAAAAAACGCGACUUUUUCGGAUCAAGUGCCACCGGGAAUGCAAUGAAAAGUGCACCAAAGUGAAGAUUGUCGCAAGGAUCCAAUUGAAUCACCAACCCUAGGCUGUCUCAGCGAACCCGCAACACGUACAGUUCACCGUGGCGUCGUUGUCCGCUGCCGUCGAGGAAAUGGGCGAAGUAGGAGCGGCUGCCAACGAGCAUCCGCCGUCAGCCAAAGCGGUCAAGGAAAAUGGCGAACUCAACGGUACCGGCGAAAGCGACGAACAGUCAACUGGCGAGCUGGAGGGCACCGGGCUCAUGAUUGCCAAGGUGGCCUCCGGUGCGGACGCCAUCCACAACGCCAAGGCUCGCAAAGUCAGCGAAGGCAGUGAGGUGGACGAGAACUCACAAACAUCCCAGCCUAUCAGCAGUAGCAACGGCCAAACCGAGGGCGAGGGAGACGAAACUUCACAGGAUGCGGCCGAUGAAGAAAGUCGGUCAGAGGUGGUUCGAGUGGAUAACGAGAACCAUGAUACAGUGGAAUCGAUGGACGUAGACGAACAGGAGGAAGGCCGUCGCGAGGGAAAGUCUCGAAGCGUAAGUGAAAAUGGAAACGAUCCAUUGGGUGGAAGCCUCGGACAUUUGGCAGAUGAGGAUUCAAAGUCUAAAAGUGGCGACGAAGGCAUGGAUGUCGAUGCCUCUACGAAUGGCCACAGCGCUGCCGAUAAGACAGAUGAUAAUGAUGUGAUUGACGAUGAUAGUGACAAACCGGUCAGUAUUAACUCCGAUUCCGAGAAUGAUGACGACCUGGUUGAGACUGGUAAGAGCGUAGCGACUGAUAGCAUGGAUGGGAACUCGAAAUCGAAUGAUACAGUUUCGAUGUCCAGCAAAUCGAAUGGCGGUAACGCCAAACAGCAGAAUGGUGAUUGCGAUGGCGACGUAACGAUCCUCAGCGAUAAAGAGGAAGACUGUGUUGUGAUCGAUGAUGAAGACGGUGACACAAACUCAAGUACACCUAGUCUGAAAAAGAGCGAAGCAGAUGAUUCUUCGUUGAGGAGAAGCUCGAGGGUACGUAAAAGCACCUUGUCGCAAAACAUUUCCACUAUCGAUGACGAUGACGACAUCGAAGAAAUUAUCGAUGAUCCGCUGAAUAUUGCUGCAGCGAAAAAGCCUCGUUUAUCGAUUAAUCAAUCACUGCAGAAUAACUCCUUCAAAGGUCAGCUUACACCACAACCUCAGAAGUCCCUUCUCUCCAACAAUCAGAGCAAUGCCACGAAGGAUCCACACCUGGUUAUCAUCGAUACACACAGCCUAAUGAAUCGUUCUGGAGGAAGCACAUCCAGUCCGAUGACACCAAAGUCCACGAAUAGUUCUUACUCGAUCCUACCCACGGGAAUGUCACCGAACAGCUCGUUCAAUUCGCCUCGAAGCGUCCUGAAUCCGGUAGCUGCAGCAGCAAAUCUCAUGUCGAAAUCCAAUCCACCUCCAUUGGCUCCGGUUACGCCACUGUUACCUGCCCUCACGGACGACAUGUUUGUCCUCGAGGCACCAUCCUUCAUUGUUCCUUACAUCUACGAGAAACCUGCUCCGGAGAAUCUUCGAGACAUUGUAAGCGAACUGGAAGCCAAAAUCAAAGAAAUGCGUAAAAAGCUGGAAGAAUCCGAGAAGGACGACGAAAAGGACGAUGACAACAGCCAAGAAUCGACGGCCAGUGGCGAAAAGAAAUCGUCAUCCAGCGAUGUUGAGGCAGAAUCCGAAGCGGAGAAAAAGAAAAAGUCCAAACGAAAAAAGAAGAACGAUGACGAUGAUGAUUGGGAUGAGCUGGAAACUUCGACAGACGACGAGGCAUCGGACGAGGAGAACAAAACGAAGGUCCUCAUCAAAGAAGUCAAGUCGGAUAUCGAUAUGAUCAAGGAACACAUCAUAACCCCCGCAAAGGACGAUCUGACUAGUACAAGUAACACUUCUCUCGGCAGCAGUGCUCUGAUUGAUCCGAAAAAAUCGGAGAACUAUUUCGAAAAUCCCCUAGGGAAGUUCUUCAUGAACAUUGGCAUAAACCUGGUGCAGGAAUACGUACAGACCGAUCUGCUGAGGCAGCAGAAGAAGAAACGGGAUCGUGAAGGUAAACCCUCCGCCAGCACUCAGAUGGCAAUUAAUUCUCUGAUAAAGAAUCUGGAGUUCAGCAAAGAGAACAACAGACCGUUCAAGUUUGAAAUCAAACGCUGCGAGUACUGUCCAUUCAAGUCGGAAUCGGCGCUGGCGAUGGCUCACCACUACGAAACGCCGCACAUGCGCAACUACAUCUACAAGUGUAACUUCUGUUCGUACGAAACCCGCCCUCCACACGACAUCCUCUACCACAUGGAAGCGAUGCACAACAUCAAGGGUCGCCUGGAAAAGGCGUCGAUGUAUCACGCGUGUCCAAACUGUCCAUUCGAGGAUAACGGCAAAUCGAAACUGGCCCGACAUGCAGUGGCUUGUGCGAAGAAAUUCCGGCCGGAGAUCAACCUCAACCCGCCACUGGAUUGGGAGCCGCCAGCGAAGAUCCCUCGCAUCAAACCGAAGCAUGGACUCGUGGGAACGGCCACCGCCUAUCAGGCCAUGACAGCACAGCAGCAGAAGAACCUGGCCAUGGUGAACCAGCGAGUACAAUCCGUCAACAACAUCAACCCGGUCAACAUCAGCCAGCUAUCGGCGGCGGCUCAGGCAGCUGCUUUGCGAGCCCGUGGUGGACGGCCCCAGCCGAUGACGGCGUCCACGCCCACUAGCGUACUCCGAUCAACGGCCAAUCCGGCGAUGCGUACGUCUAUGUCGCCCGGAGGAAUGGUAAUGCCUAACAAUUUCCAGCUCUCGGCAGCGGCAAUCGCUGCUGCUGCGGCUAACAAGUUUUUGCCGACUCCAAACGCCGUUGGACGAUCUCUUCUAAGCAAUUCUAACGCAUCGGUGACUAUUCAGAGCACCAUGGGUAUGAAACCGGGCAUGAAACCCACACAGCAGCCCAGCAUCUCCAUCACACCGCUGCCGCGACAGUCGAACGCAACGAACAUGGCCGUAGCCGGAGCGCUGUCGAAGCUACAAGCGGCCGGAACGUCCGCCGUGAAGCCGGGUCAGAACCCCGCCGGUAACAAGACCGCCUUCGUUGUGUGCGAAAUCUGCGACGGUUAUAUCAAGGAUCUGGACCAGCUGCGCAACCACAUGCAGUGGAUUCACAAAGUCAAGAUUCACCCGAAGAUGAUCUACAAUCGCCCGCCGCUGAACUGUCAGAAAUGUCAGUACCGGUUCUUCACCGAUCAGGGCUUGGAGCGGCACUUGCUGGGAUCGCAUGGUCUGGUGACGAGUUCCAUGCAGGAAGCCGCCAACAAGGGUAAAGAUGCCGGCCGUUGUCCAGUUUGUGGACGGGUGUACCAAUGGAAGCUCCUGAAUCACGUGUCCCGGGAUCACAACAUGACCCUGAAGCCGGCUCACCUCUCGUACAAGUGUACGGUCUGCACGGCCACGUUCGGAAUGUACAAACAGUUCGAAAGUCACGUAUACUCAGCGCACAGCACGGUGGCGAAGAAAGCCCUGGACAACAAGAAGCCCGCCGCUGGCAGUAGCGCCAUGCCGAUGCGCGGUUCGAUGGGUGCUGGCAGCGAUUCGCUGCUGAAGCCGUUGAAGAUCAACGACGAGAUCACGAUCAUACCGCAGCCGACCAGCAAGGGUGCGGCGAAACCGAUUGAAAUCGAAAGUCAUGUUAUAGAUUGAACAUCGCUUCCGAUAGUACCGUAUCGCUAGGGGCAGUUUUUUCAUUAAUACCAAUUACCACUUUUCUUCUAUAAUCGGAUGUUAACACGAAAGGACAAAAACAAGUCUACAAUGUUAAGACAAACUGAAAAUAAUAAAGCACUAAGCUUAAACUUUCAUUUCCUCUUAUUCACUGCAUCGUGUCCCUCGUUCGUUCAACGAUUAUCCAUCCAUCAUCCAUCUACUCCAUUCCCAUUCCACCACCACUUCUGUGACGGAGUGUCUUCUGCGCAUCCUAUUUGUGUUUGAAUUUUCGCUUGCAAAUACGUCGAUUUACGAACAACACAAAAACAAGUUCCUACCGCUGUUGGUCGCCACUGCAAGCGGUGUGCGUCCAACUAAAACGGGGAUUUUACCGAAUUCUCCCGGUUCACUCUGGAACCCAUGCAUUAUAGACAGAAUCAGAACACAAAAAAACUAUCCACAACCCUAUGCAUAUAGUAAACUGAAAUUCUCAAACUGUAUCAUAUACAUUAUUGGAAAAGAUGCAAAAAAAAGUUAAAUGAAUCGGUCACACCUUAUACCUAACACAACGCUAGUACAUAAUCGCAAAUUUAGCACACUGAAACAAAAAAGCAAGUGGUUUUGUGAAUGGAUUAACGAAAGAAAAGGGUUAUAAUACAAAAAAAAUCAGCAAAAAUAUUUAUAAAUAUUAGGACACGUAAGGCACGUAACAUUAGCGAUUUGGGUUUGAUCGAGUAGUAGGAGUGGCAAGGAUGGUUCCUGCCCUCACUGCGGGUGUCUGCCGUGGUGUUCCGCCUAGACUGGAAGAAAUCGCCAUGGCGUGAUACAAAGGAAGGGCGGAAUCAUGUCUUGUGUUUUGUAUAUUUUUGAAAACUUGAAUAACUUAUUUGUUUUUAAGGCAUAGCAACACAAUUAAUCCUACCACCUAAGAUAGAACGCAAGUGUAGUUCAGAGAAACAAGAACCUGUAAGAGCAUAGUGAGUAUACUCCUUAAGUUGAGCGAUUUUUUUUCGUAUAGAGAUAUCUUAUUGUAUUAAAUGGUACAUUGAAGAGAAGAAACAAGGAAGACGGAAAUUGCGUUAAGAUUCACAGAAUUUAUUGGCAGUACACUAACCUCAUCUGGCAGAGAAGAGAAAGUGGAAAACGAAAAACGGUAAUAACAGAAUGCCAUCUAUCGGGCAAGCUAAAGAAUGUUUAAAGUAAGCCGGAAACUGAAGAAAGAAAUUCUUUAUAGUCUAAAUAAAAAGCUGAUAAUAAGCAGGAA